AUGUCCGGCCCCUGGGCUCUGGGCUUCCAGAUGGAGGCGUCCCUGCAGGCUUCAGAGGAGCGUGAGCGUGAACUACGCCGGGCUCUGUCUCGGAGCGAGCACCAAGUGGCUCAGCUGCAGACCCUGUCUCAGUCUCAGGGUCUGCAGGUCCAGCAGCUCCAGGAGAGUUGUGCACAACUUGGCGGCGUGCAGGAAAUGAACGAGUUCCUGCAGAUGGAGAACGAGCUGGUGCGGGAGCAGGUGGCUGAAGGUGAACGAAUGCUGACGACCAACCUGCAGGCGCUGCGGGACAGGAACAUUGCUUAUGAGGAUCUAACAGGAGAAGUUUGCAAACUUCAGGCUGAGAACAGGAGUUUGUCUGACGAGCUGAAAUCCUCAAGCUCUGCAGCCGACGCAGCUCGAGGGGAGCUCGAAGAAAAGCUGGCUCAGGCCGUCACUGAGAUUACGCUGCUGCAUCACACGCUGCGGGGGCUGACGAACGAGCUGCACGCUUCUCUCAUGGACCAGGUCACAACUAAUGCACAGCCUCUUGUACUUCUGUAA